UAUCGAUCGAGUUUCGAUCAGGGCCCAUUGUAAAUCUGUACCACAGAUUACCGUCCUUCGAUGCUUUAAAUCUCGUUGUCUGGUGGUCAGACAGUGCACCAAAGAUAAGGCAACGCAGUUCCAGUUCCUUCCGAGCUGUGCUGUGGCAUAUGGAACCAACGAUGUAUCGUUUAUUCUAAUGAGCUGGUUGCAGAGUAGGCCUCAACGAUCAUCUCCAGGUAUUGAUCAACACGAUUGGGACAUUAAACGGGAACGGUGGAAAGGAUGUUAUUUACGAGCCUUUUGCUAAUGCUUCUUGGGAAAACAUGAACACGAUAUAUUUUUUCUUUAAGCAAAACUUAGCGGUUAUAAUCCAAUUAGGAUUAUAAAAACCUGGCACUUAAAUUUUUACGAUCAGCUUGACAGCGGGACGAUGUCACCCGGUAGCCAAAUGCCAUGAAAUUCACAUUCUUGGAAGAUGUUGUUAAGAGCCGUUGCUGUUAGUGUAAAUGCGUGGGUACGAGUUUUUAUUUUCCAAUAGAUAAUAGAUAACUUUUCAUGAAUGAUAUUAUUAAACAAAAAUCGGGACUUUAAACAUGCGAUUUUGGUUGGAUCGUAUCCGGUGUAUCAAAAACUAAUAUCUUUCAAUGUCUUCCUUAUUGCAAAAAAAGCGUCUGUCCUUCCAGAAAUUCAAUAUCUACCUCGGACAAUAGAAAUCCAUACUGUACCGAUCGCAUAAAGGAGAAGCAUUGCUGCUACAUUAGAAAUUCGUUCUACACUACACACGCAUUAUAGUAGCAUCGACUUGGCACCGUAUCAACCCCGUCCAGUCGUCUACCGAAACCAUAGUAACGCUAGAGCAAGCAAAAAAGGAGAAGCUCGACCGAAACCACCGCUCCAAACAACCGUUCGAAUCGAUACUUAUCGUCGUCACGUUGUUAUUUAUUGCAAAUCGACGGGCGGGAAUUAUAUUUUCGGCAUUUUUCGUAGCAAUUUUUCUCGUUUUCGCACGGUCAAUUAAAUGGGACACACAACCAUUUCCGUGAUGCAGCAGCAGGAACAGCAAGAGCAGUGUGUCCAGAUCCAUUGGAGCAAGCGUGAAAAGGCGAAAAGCCAACGAGCUUUUCUACGUACAUCCAUCGAUUCUGCGUUUUGUCGAUUCUGCCGGAACACGGUUCCGUAUGGUGACGAUGGCGGCGGCAUCGAUCUCAAAAAGGCUGCGACUUUUCCCACACUCUUGCCUCACCAAUAUGCGCGCUUGUUUGGCACAUUUGUGCUUUGGAUGAAGCAGCAGCACACACAAAAAACAGGAAGAAAAUGCACGGUCGGCCAGCAGCCGGAGGAAGAGUGAAACGGAGUGGCAGCAGUUCGGGACACUUUGAGUAACGCCGUUCCUUCGAUGAUUCGCGAAAACGGAAAACAUACACACAGAAUCGCAGAUAAAUAGAUAACGAAGAGAAGAUAGAACUCGCGGAAACCAUGGUUCGAGGGUACGAGUGGUACGAUUCGGUCAGUUCGGCAGGCAAACCGUUUCGAAACGAAGAACGAAUCACCAUGUCCGCCACGGGAAAGAGGUACCACAGAAAGCAGUCCGUACCGCGAGGCGCAACGUCCAAAAGGGACGACACAACAUCGUACUGGGAGCGCGGUGUCCCAUUGUGUCACCGGGAGUGCCCUUGUCUUGUUGACCUUGUCGUGCUUGCUGCUAUAGUGGUCGUUACGGAUAUUCGCCGGUACCAAAAACGACCCGCCGGUUCCUAUUUAACGCGCUGCAAGUCGUGCUGCAAGUUGAAAGAGUUUGCCGCGCUGCAAACAACGAAACGGGAACCAUUUUUAAUGGGCACACCAAACUGAGCGCGGACCAGUGUGCUGGAAUAUUGGAAAACAGAAAAGCAACGCAAACGCGGUUAGGUAUUAAUUAAAAUAUGUAAAAUUUUAAUUGAUACAAACAUCGGUGGGCGAAGUGGCGAAUCAGGUGUGAAAUGUCGUUACGGUGGAUUUUGCCGAUGUGAUCUUUUGGUAGGUAUUACGUUUAGCGUGACAUUAUUGUUUGAUGAAUGUUUAAUGGCAGUAACAUUUAUACUUUCAGCUAUAUACUGUUGGUGGAAAACAUAUCUUAAUUGGGUAUGAACGAAUCGACAAUGUGUUGAUAAAUAAGUACUUACCCGUCGCGCUUAAGCUUAAGCACUUUGUAAAUAACGUCCACAAAUGAAGACGAAGGCGCUGCUUUGAACAUUGAACCGAGUUCCACCGAGAGCACCGAAAUCUCAAAGCAUUCGAGCGCGCGCACGAUGAUGAAGGCAUUCGAAAAAUGUUAUCCUGCUGCGUUUUUUCCACUCAUCGUCCGCGUCACGAUUAUUGAUAUUUACAAGCGCCUUGUCGCGAUCCCGAAUUUUGAAGCCGUCGAACGAACGAACCCGUCCCGCGGGUUGCGAUGGAGCACACCAUGCCAUGUAAACGCAAACCACUACACGUUGGUAAAACGAUGGCUACAAUCAAUCAAUAUCAUCUCUUGCCGUCGCUGGUCAGGUUGCCACAAUGAUUAAUCUAAUGUUGUCAUGGUGCGGCCAGCAGAGCCGUGGUUCCCGGGGCGGCUAAAGAUCGACAAACCAGCAUACCCGUGCGCAGGAACGCGUCGAAAUGGUUGCGCUUGACUGCUCUUGAAUUCUACCCGAAAAAAUUAAGAUCUCGAGUGCCGAUCGUUCUGGAUCGUCAACUGUUCGCAGGACCAUGCGUAGAAAUGAAAACGCGCCUAGCAUACCGGCACCAUUCUUCUCUUAGCCGAUGGAUGAAAUUCUCUACGGUUCGAGCUUAAAGUUGGCACUUCCAAUUCCAUACCCUAAAUCGGUUUCGAUUAAUAACCAUAAUCGAUAAUUGGAUCGAGCCUCCCCCAUAAAACUAAUGGCCAACGAUUAGCGCACCAGCGUUUGUUUCGAGAACGGCGCCGAAACGGCAAGUCACAACGGUACGCGAAAAACCUGUUCACCUCUUCACGCCCAACGGCCCAGUCGCGCGGCAUGCUCUCUCCUUCUCUGGCAGACGUGGGCACCGUUCCCCACAUUCCAUAAUCCGAUUUUACAAACACCGGCCGGUUUAGCGGCGAUUAUUCGGGCAUUCCGUGCCACGGUUCCACCGCUUCGAAGGAUUGAUAUUUGGUACGAUAAUUCAAAGAUUUCGGGCGGCAUCUCUUAAUCUUGCGCCACCAAUGAUAAAUAUGAGCGGAAAAGCGCAGAACGUGCGAAGGCUCGCAAGUAAAGCUAAUGUUACAGCGCAUGGGAUGAUUUUUCAAAUAUUCUACCCUCCUCGCGCGGAGCGAAGCUAACCCCCUUCCGGGCCACGCGAAGAGUAACCAUAUGGUUUUUGGCCGCUCUGAAUCCGUCGCCCCGUUCGCGUCUUUCUUAAUGAUGUCAAUUAAUGGGUGAAAUAUUGCGACGAUUUUAAAAACUCGUGUCGAACGAAUAGUAUCAGUAACAGCUCUUCGAUGUCGAUCCAUAUUCAAAGGAUGUCAACAAUCUGCUCCGAGAAUGUGUUUCCCACGAUAAGGGGACGAAAUAUGGCACUAAUUUCAACCGCUGCUUUAGGCAGGUUUAUUUAAAUUAAUGCCGAGAAUUGUAUCGAUAGAAGCACAUCAAAUUUUCAACAAAAUUCAAUUGCGGUUAUGUGCAUCAGGCGUCUCCUUUGAAGUUCUGGUUUGUGGCAGAAGUUUCCCGGAUAGCUCUCUAGGUCAAGCCGUAUCGUGUGCGAAUCAUUCAUGCCGGUCAUUUCCCGCCACCGUACGCAUUUGUUGAUUGACUAACCCUGAUAAGAUAUUUUCCUUCACAUUUGACAGUUGUCACAUACUUUGGCUGCGUUCGUUCUGCUUGAUGUGCAAUGGAACGGAUGCGGUCAGAAUUGUCCGUUACCAUAGUAACCAUCGAAUAGACCGUGCAAAAUUGACCAUCUUCAAUCAUGUAAUUUUCACAAACCAUUCCUAGUCAGUACGUCAAGCGUUUCACUUCAGCUUUACGUGUGAUCCCAGUUGAGUUGUGCAGUUUUACACAGAAAAAAGUAUAGAAAAUCCACGAAAAUGAUUGGAAUACAGGCUCUGGAAACCAAUCCGCCUGUGGAACGACGACCACUACAGGGUAAGUACUGCGUAAACUAUGUUAAGUGUUUUUCACCAAUUGCCCAUAAUCUAAUGGCAUAUCUCGUUCUAUGUGCAGACAUCAAUGUAAAUCGCAUUCACCAUCCAAACAUUCCGUCUAAAGAUGGAGCGAAUACUGGGAAGGCAAGCAUUCCCUUCGGGUUUCAGGUGUUUGCAGAUGGUGAAACAUCAUCAUUCACGAAGAAAGCUAAUGUGAAGAUCUUUCCGUGUAAGAAAGAUUCAGUCGCUAAAGACAUUGGUGCGAAUGUAAAUUCAGUUUCCGAUCGCACCGUUCCGAAAGCUGGUACACAGGUUGCUAGUAUGAACUGGGUUGAAAAGCAGCUUGCUGCGAUGCAAGUUGAAAAACAGCUUAACAAAGAGAUGGUUCCUAUAGCUGAGAAACACGCUGUAGAAGAUAUUAAAUAUGCUGUCCCAACAGCACAUCCUUAUUACGAGAGCAGUGUAGUCUUGGAUAAUAGUGCUAAGCAAUAUGAAGCUAACAUAUGCGCAAGCUCCGAAAACUUUUGCCAAGAGAAAGGGCCAAAAUCUAAUGGAACAGGAGCUAUAAGAAAAGUUACCUCAAAUGCAGCUUGUUCUACCGAGCUUAAAAGUGCUGUUGAGCUACCUACAUUCAAGUUGAACGUUACGGCUGAAGAAUGGAGCGCCAGGCCCAACAAUACCACAACGGGAACCCACUUUGAUAAUGGUACUAGUUGCGAUUUUACUCAAUCUAACAGCAUGCCAACGUUUUGGAAUUUACACGCUGAAGACUUUCAACCAAAGCUGUCUGUUCCCUACCCAGAAGCUUCCGGAACUUAUGGUAAUAAUUUUGUCACCAAUACCCAUCAUCGUCCCGGUAGAAAAAUUGUCGGAAGAAAUUUAGGGCCAGUUGAAAAGGUACAGCAAUGCCCUAUGCUUUGUGAUAGUUUGAAGCAGUUGGAUGAUCGGUCGGAUGAAAUUGCGCGUUACCAUAAACAUAAGGAAGCGCUUCGCAAUAAAGCCACCGAAGCGAUGCGUAUUCAGCAGGCAAGAUUGAACCGGACAUCGGAGCAGUAUCCAACUGUACCAACAAAUGGGAAAAAUAUGCUGCCCCAGACCACGACCACUUAUAAAAACUAUCCAAGUGAAUGGUCCGGUAUGAGUGGUUUACAGCGUGGAAGGAACACCUCGUACAAUCAAGUGCCAACAGUGCCAUUCGCUGCCGAGUUGCCCAGUGUUAAACGGAGUGUUUGCAUUAUCAAGUAUCCAACACCACCGAAUGUGCCGAUACGCUACGAACCAACAGAACUUAUGAAAAUGAAUCAUACACCAUACAAGAAUCAAAACAAGCAACAACGUAACGAAUUUCCGAUAAAGAAUCAGAAACAGGAACGGUAUACAGUACAGGACAUAUUUACCAAUAUGACACAUUUCAGUACUGAUUAAACUUUUUAUUUUAUUCGUCUCAUUUGUAGCACUACGAACAAUCACGAAAAGUCUAAGAAAUGACUUCGAAUAUGUUUUUUUUCUUUGUUAUCCCCACUUUCAAAUAAUUAUUAUUCGCGAAGAAGCUUCUAUUUGUAAUAGCCUCCAGUAUCGGAACUUUAAUUAAUUAACUACACGGAAGUUACUUUGCGAACGAUGCGAGGUGAAUUUUCCUCUUUUUCUCGAUUGUUUAAUUAAUAAUGAAUAAAUUUUAAUACAAUUUAUUGUAAUCUAAUUGUUUGUUUUUUGUUUAUUCCUAUUUGUAAACCAUCAAACUUAACAUUGUAUAGUGUUAAACAAAAUUACUUAUUCAUUGUAUCUUUUGGGAAUUGUAAGUAAAGAAAAUUCCACUUUAGCAUUUGUUAAGGUAUAUUUUUGGAGUCACCAUGUCUACUAGCGUGGGAAAAUUUCAUUCCCAGAAAGUGCUGCCUAUCGUCAGUAUGUUGGAAGGACGAUGUUGCAAACAUUCCCAAUGCCUGCCGCAAUACAUCAUGGCCAUUCUUAAUGGCAUUCUAAUCAGAUCCCAAGGGUUUGCCUAGAGUUUGUUAUAAAAAAAAACACACAUUUACACCAACUUCACAUUAGUGGCGUAAUAUGUUAAUAACACGAGGAAUGGAAUUUAUUUGCAAAGAAUGCAUUUUGGACAACUGCCUUCAACAGAAAAGCGAGCUGUAAAUAAAACAUUCGUCUUUACGGAGAUACGCUUCUACAAUCGUACUUCCAUUAGGCAAAGGAAAAAAAACCGCUCAAAAUCAUAAUUUAUAAUAAAUGGCCACCACGGGCCAUCGGAUGCACACAUGUUGUCUACGAAUGUACGGGAACAGCAAGGAAGGUUUAAAUGUUAAGCUCUUGUACCUCUUUUAUAAAGAAUCAUAGCUUGCGUUCUUUGAUUUAAGCAGACAACACGACGGAUUAUACAAUGAAUCGUAACAUGUUUAUAUUUUUUUUUUCGUAAGGAGCAAGGAACUGUCGGAAUGUUGCAUGAACGAUACCUUCAUGAAGCCUGUCAUUCAUUUGCCACCAUAUAAUGCUCAUGGUCCAUAUGCCUCCGUGAAGCGAUAAUAUCUCUUACGCAUUAACACCCUUUUUAACAUGGAAUGCUUCAGUUUUCAUUCUGCAAGUGUUGAGUUUGAUGGCAAAAAAUCAUUAUUCUCUGCUGAAUGGUGAGAAUGUGAAGGAAUUAGUGCACCUCUCGAAAGUCCUAAUGCAUCCGUAUCAGAGUAAUCCCGGUAUCAGUCAAGUCAUGAUGCAAAGCCUUCAAGCAUUAUGUGACUUUGUAGGAGAGACUGAAAAGUUGCUUAAUGUUUUUUUUCGGUAAUUUCUUGUGCCCUCAUCUGUCCUGUUACUGCAUCGUCUGCUUCCUGUUUCCUGCAAACAAAACCAACAGUCGCGACCCACGACGAACUUUAGCCAGUACGGUGCACAACAUCAUUGCCGGGACGUGCCGCGGUUUCUACGCGCGCAUGCAUGCACAUCGGAGUGAACGUUCGCCAGACCAUAAUUAACAUGUUUUGGGCAAUAAAUCAGUUUUUCUGACAUCUGACAACGCAUUACACUUUAUCAAUUAAACGUGUAUUAAUUUUUUAUGGGAAUGUGGUUCCUUGUUUUCCUUUUUUGUUACGGGAAGCUGUGUACAUCCUGCUGUGGAUUUUAGGUUUUGUUUCCUUUUCGUUUAGUUUGGGGUUUUUUUUUUUUUUUCGGGAUCGAUUUUCGAUGGGAACGCAGAUGAGAUCGGUACAGGGUGUCAGGAUCUAGGGCCGUAACAAAAUUUAAGCAAGAAACAAGGGACACUAACCUGCCACUGGGACCAGUAGGGAAUGAUUAAUGAGCGGAUGAAAGGUCGCCUGGCCGUAUCGAAACGGGGAUGACUGUCCUUUCGGGUUGCUUCUUCUUCUCCAUUUAAUUGGGACCGUGUUUGUGGGAUCGUGAGACACAUAUACAUCGAACUGCGGCGGCGCUAAACGUGACAAAACAUUGCUGUGCUGUACGAGAUGACAUGGAGAAGAGAUCAUGCCUUCGCAAGUG